AAGAGACGAGAUUGAUCCACGGUGUCUCGCGCACUUUCUACUCACCUCACACAUGUGACAUAAAAAAUCAAAGGAAAAAAAAAAUCCAAUUGAAAACGUAGAAAUACAAAUCAAAGAUGAGGUUCACAAAACAAAACCGCCGCUCCCUUUCCGUGGCCACAACUUCCUCCGAUUUCACCAUCACCCACCACAUUUCUGCUCGGCUAAACCAAAACAUUCCCCAUUUCCUCAAAAAUAUCUCUCAACCCCAAGACCCAUCUCCCCCCAUUCCCCAUGGCAACCACCGCUUCUUGUUUGCUCCAAUCCAUCCCUUUAAACUUGAAACAAUCUUUUCCCCUUCAUUUGUCUCCUGUUCGCUUAUGUAAAUUUAGAGGAACCUCGACUGUUCGAGAACAACGUUCUGCUGAAUUUAAUGUUAAAUGCUUCUUAUUGCCUGAGAAGAGGAAGCAUUUAACGAGCUCGAAUUUGAAGUCCAAUCAUUUGAGUUCGAGUUCGAGUUCGAGUUCAGAUGGUAAAAACCCAUUUGAGAUUAUUGCUGAAACAAUCGUAAAAUCUUUAAACGCGUUGAAAAAGCCAGCUAUAGCCGCGGUUUUAUUGGGUUUGUUGUUAAUGUAUGAUCCUAAUAACGCGGCAUUGGCUGCAUCAGGAGGGAGGAUGGGAGGAAGGUCUUUUUCUUCCAGUUCUUCGUCUUCCCGGAGUUAUUCCGUGCCUAGAAAUGGAGGGUCGAGCUUUUCUUCGUACUCGGCUCCUUAUUAUGCGCCUGCCCCAUUUGGUGGUGGUGGUGGGUUUUAUAUGGGGCCUGCUGUUGGGGUUGGAGUUGGUGCUGGGUCUAGUUUUAUCUUGAUUUUGGUUGGGUUUGCUGCGUUUGUUUUGGUUUCGGGGUUUCUUUCGGAUAGGUCUGAGAGUAGCGUGCUUACUGCUAGUGAAAGGACUAGUGUUCUUAAGCUUCAGGUCGGGUUGUUGGGUAUGGGACGCUCUCUUCAAAGGGAUCUAAAUCGGAUUGCUGAAGUUGCUGAUACUUCUACUUCUGAGGGUCUAAGCUUUGUAUUGACAGAGACAACGCUAGCUUUGCUUCGCCAUCCUGAUUAUUGCAUCUCUGGUUAUUCGUCUGCGGAUGUCAAACGGAGCAUAGACGAUGGGGAGAAACGCUUCAAUCAACUCUCUAUUGAAGAACGGGGUAAAUUUGAUGAGGAGACUCUAGUGAAUGUGAACAAUAUUAAAAGGCAAAGUACAAUAAGUCAGAAAGCUAGUGGAUUUAGCAAUGAGUACAUAGUGAUAACAAUUUUGGUGGCUGCUGAAGGAGUGCAUAAAUUGCCCCCUAUCAAUGGAAGUGGUGACUUGAAGGAAGCCUUGCAAAAGCUUGCCUCCAUCCCAACAAGCAAAGUACUGUUGAGGUCUUGUGGACACCUCAGAAUGAAAAUGACACACUAUCAGAGCGGGAACUACUUGAAGACUACCCGCUUUUGAGGCCUCUAUAAAAUUUUAUCAGUAGGUACCUUGUAUCUUCUGAUGAGAGGUAUCAAUUGCUACUUCUUCUUAUAACCUUGGGUUCAUUUGUAUAUAAUAAAAGCAUAUUGGUAUACAGAGGUUCUGGUUGUCUAAGACUGAUGUGGUCUAGUGAACUGGAUUUGUAAACAUAUAAAGGCAGAGGGUGUAUAUUUGCUUGAAAGCAUUAGUUUCUUGUUCCCUUUUUCUCUCUUUGAUCCAACUCCAAGGCUUUGACCACUACCAAAAUCUUUCACCUCAGACCUUUGCUUUUAUCUUUUUUUUACCCUUUAGGUAAUAUAAUGGUUCUUCCACCUGUUUCACACCUUCUGCCUUUGACUACAUUGUUUUUCAUAAACGCCCAAACGAAAUAGUCUCUACAAUGAGAUUUACACAAGAAUUUCUAUCAGGCUAAGGGAGCUUUCAUAGAUUGUAACCUAGAAGGUGGGUAUCUAUCAUUUUCAAUUGGUUUUGUGAUCUUGAAAAGAUGGUUAUGAAAUGAUCACAACCUCUGUUUCAUUCAAUCUAGGGAUGCACAGAGCAUUUUGGGGCUUUUAAACUACUCCAACUAGUAAUUAGUUAAGGGUACGGAUAUUUCAAAUGGCUAAAAUAUUAAAAAAGCCUUUGAACUAUUCAACUUUAUUUAAAUAAGCCUUUAUACUUUUAUUGAACUCAAAUAAGCCUUUAUACUUCAUUUGUAUCUAUAUAAACCCUUACUUCAAAUAAAAGAUUGAUUUAUAUUAAGGAUAUAUUUAGGUACAAAUUGAAGAUUAAGGGUUUAUUUGGAUGCAAAUUAAAGAUUAAGGACUUAUUUGUUUGGAAUAAAAGUAUAUUGGUAUAUUUAAAUAAAAUGAUAAAGCUUCAGGGUUUUUUUUUUAUUAUUAUUUUAGUCUUUUUCAAAUUCCUGUGGGAAAGGGAGAUCUGCCUGUUUAGGUCAUGUCUGGUUAUGAACAUGACAGUGACUAGAAGUUGGCUCAACUUUAAAAGUAUUGGUCAUUUAUGUCUGGUAAUGGACUUUAUGCCUAGCAUUCACCACUAUUUCAGAUGAAACAACUUUAUGUUAGGUGGUGCAUUUAUUAUAUUUAUCUUGGAGUGGGAAGUGGUGAGAAUUGAAGAUGUUUCUAUUUGAAUUUCCAUUAAUUUUCCUCAUCUACUUUUUCAUCUUUACUUUUUAUCAUUUUCCUUUUGCUUUAUCAUUGGAGAAUUCUCCAGAUUUCAGUUUCAUUCCAGGGUUUUCAAGCAUGGUAGUAAACUCACUCGGUUAGGCUUUUCCAUUAGUUUGUGGUUUGCCUUUACAAAGGGUUUUCACUUUUUAUUGCUAUGUUUCCUUGAUGAUGACAAGAGCUGUUUCAGUUGCCUAUUAUUUGUGACACAUACUUGUAAGGAUAAAGCAAUCAUUUCUCUGUUAGUUAUCAUUGACCAGGAAAUGUAUGUAACAAUCUUUUCUAGCCAUAAUUGAUUUGUUUGUGGGUGAAUGAUAGAAGAAGGCCUUUGUAUUUUCUGAAUUUUUUUAAAAAUUUAGUAUCAUUGUAAUUUAGUAAGAAAUAUUUAUAUUUAAAGGGUGUUACUCUCUGGCCAUUUCUAACUUUUAAUCAAAUGACUUUACCGUUUUACUAUUUACUUUUUC